AGAAGAAGAGAAAUUUUUACGAUUCGUACAAAAAUGAACACACAAGGAGAUGAUGAAGAAGAUAGUGGCCCUUCCGUCGAUUCAGUUGUUGCUGAAGAAAGAAUAGCGGCUAGGAGGCUCCGUAUUCAACGCAGAAUCGAGGCUGCAAAACGUGUUACAAGUGGUAAAGAGACCAAAUCUAAAAAACCUGUUGAUUCAAACAAGAACUCUAGUAAAAGCAAAAAACAAAUAGAGGAAAGUUGUCAGCGUCUGUUAAAGUUAAAAAGUGAUGGUACCGAGCUUGUUACAAAUGUUAAAGUUGCUUGUGAUGCUCGAGAGAAUACACAUCGACUUGAAGAGGAAGAAAAUAAGAGACAAAAGAUUGAAAGACUUGAGGCUGAAUCAAAGGCAGCUGUAGAGAAAUUUGAUCUGAUAACAAAUAAAUGGUCACAAUCAUUAUCCAUGCAGAUCCCUCAAGAUUUGAAAGAAAUGCUGUUGGGGCAGAAAAAUGCCUGUGAUGUUAUGAUUGACGAAAAAAACAAAUUGAUAAAUGAUUUUCAACAGGAGUUGAAAGGUUUAGAUGAUCAUUAUGUAAAAGAUCUAAAGAAACAAGCAGAAGAUGUUGAAUUGAUGAUUGAAAGAAUGGAAGAACAGAUAAAGCAUUUAAAAAAAGCUUAUCGUGAAGAGUUACUUGAGAUUGAGAAAUCAUUUGUGUCUGAGCGUUCUGAGUUGAUUGAGAGCAACAAAAAGAAAUGGAAAACAUUGAUGCAGCAAAGACAAGAUAAAGAGGUCGAUUUUCUUGAAACUCGUCGCAAACGUGUUGAGGAGUAUGAGGAACAGUUGGAUACAUUGAGGGUUAAGGAUGCAGAAGAGUAUAAUAUGGUGAAAAUUAAACUAGAAACUGAUGUCCAGAUCCUAGAACAACAGCUGCAACAAAUGAGAGCAACUUAUCAAUUGAAUCAAGAAAAAUUAGAAUAUAAUUUUCAAGUUUUAAAGAAAAGAGAUGAGGAGAAUACAAUUACGAAAUCCCAACAAAAACGUAAGAUAACAAGGCUUCAAGAUUCUCUUAAUAAUCUUAAGUCAAAAUUGGCAAAACAGGAAAAAACAUACAGGGAAGAGAACCAAUCGCUGACAGAUGAUUAUGAAAGGAUAACUGAUCAACACAAGGAAUUGCAAAAGAAAUUUCGACAUUUUCAAGCGUCGGACUCUAAGAAAUUUCAAGAGAUGUGGUUAAUGAAUGAGCAACAAGCAAAAGAUUUAAUUGAAAGUGUUCUUGAAGUAGAUCGUAUUAUUCACGAACAACAACUUGGCUUACCUUGGCAACGACCGCAGCUUGAUUUUCUGGAAAGUAAAGGUCCUCUUAUUAUCAAAAAUAAAGAAAAGAAACUGUCAGCUACACAAGUUGCUGAGGAACUUUUAAAGACAGAGAAUUCAAACGAAAGUCAAGUUCAAGAUGUUUCAAGUGCUUAUACCAAAAGUUUUACAGACAAAUCAGUUGUUUCUAUGAAGACCGUGAAGACAAUUUUAGAACUUUUGUCAGACGAAGCUGGUUUCUUAGUUGAAGGAAAGCUUACCCGACUUUUGGCUCCGCUCGAGAAAGAUGAACAAUCUUUGAUGAGACUUGAUGCUAUUUUUGCUGCUCUCUGUAUAGAAAAUGAAGAAGAUAUUUAUAAACUGGCAAAGUAUUUCCUUCAAAGUGAAAAUUUAGAUAGCGAAGCAAGAAGAGUUGAAGAUAAAGACAUUGUUGAAGAUGAUACAAAUGAAGAAAAAUCUACAAAAUCUAGUAAAGAUCUCACAGAGCUUAUUCAUCCAAACGAUGUUAUCAAAAAGUUAAGAAAAUUUGUGGAAGAAAAUCGUCAAACUUUGAAGGAAACAAGAAACGGAACAUUAAAUUACACUCGUACUCAUCGUGAUUCGUGUUUAGACGGUGAAUAUUGGCAAAAAAUGACCUCUGUCAUUGAUAAAUCAAAAGAACGUGUUUGGAAUGCUUUGGAAGAAGGUUUUGAGAAAUAUCUUUCUGUUUUAACUGAUCGUGCUGCUCUCAUUCAAGAGACUGAAACUUUAGAAUUACAGAACUCGGAAUUGCGAAUGCUCCUUCAUCAAUAUAUCAAUUCAAAGGUUAACCAAGAACUUGAAAUACCUCCCACAAGGCUAAUGCAAUUCGAUGUCUCAUCAUAAAGUAAGAUCAGAUGUAAACUUCAUCAAAAAUUGUAAACAUGUUAUGACAUAGUGACUUAUGAUGGAAUUAAUAAUGACUCAUCACGAUCGCAAGUCUUGCUUUAUUUAAUUAUUUAAUAAUAAAGUGGUUUAAUAUUGGUAGGUUCAUUUAAUCUACUUACACUCAUUUUAGAUGCGUUUGUAAACUGUUGUAAUCCGACUAUUUUUUGCAUUUCAAUACAGCAUUUUCCCUAUAUAUUUAACAAUGAAAUGAACAAGGAUAUAAGUUACAUUUAUAAACAUUCAAAUAAGCGAUAUACAAGCAACUAAGCCAUACAUUUGAAUUUUAAUAAAAUGCAUCAUAUCAUUUUGUAAAACAGUAAAUUAAAUUAGUUUAGUCAUAUAUAAUAAAAAUACUUUACAUAUUGACUAUAGUUAUAGAAUUUUUUCCAAACAUAUAAAUAUUACAUUGUUUCGAAAAUAAUUUCUAAAUUGUACUUAUAUACACGUAUCAUUAUACAGCAAUAUAUUUUAUUUGUGUUUGCACAA